UGCCUCGUGAACUAUUAAAGAAAAAUCAAGAAACGCUCCUGAGUAGUACCGGAAAACAAAGCAGAGAGGAAAAGAGAAACCAAUCAAAAGAAGAAGACUUUAUCUUUCUUUCUUUUUUGUUGCUCUUUUGACUUUUAUGGGUUGUUUUGUUUUAGACUUAGUCAGCUACGGAUCUGCUUAAAUCCUUGUGAUCUCCGGAGAGUUCGAGUUCUUGAACCAGACCAGAUUCUGUUCUACUUUUUGCUGAGCUUCUGGGUUUGGUCGGAGAAUCUUAAAAGUUAGGUGGACUUUGUGAUUUAAGCUUCUGGGUUAUAUCACCUACUUGUCUGAAAGAUUUAGGCAAUUAGAGUUGAGCUUAACAAACAAAGAGAAUAUGUCGUUUAGGAGCAUUGUUCAAGAUUUGAGAGAUGGGCUUGGGAGCUUGUCCAAGAGGAGUUUCGAUUUCAGGCUUCACAAAGGGAAAUCUCAGGGCUCUUGUGAGUAUUCGUCUUCACGCGACCUCUUGUCACCUUUGAUAGUUCAGACAAGCAGAUGGGCUAAUCUUCCUCCGGAGCUGCUCUUAGACGUGAUCAAAAGACUAGAGGAGAGUGAGAGUAACUGGCCUGCAAGGAAACACGUAGUUGCUUGUGCUUCCGUUUGUCGGUCUUGGAGAGCUAUGUGCCAAGAGAUCGUCUCAUGUCCUGAAAUCUGUGGGAAGCUCACUUUCCCCGUUUCCCUCAAACAGCCAGGACCGCGUGAUACGAUGAUUCAGUGUUUCAUUAAACGGGAUAAAUCAAAGCUAAUGUUUCAUCUUUUUCUUUGUUUAAGUCCUGUAGUGGAGAAUGGGAAGUUUCUUCUUUCAGCUAAACGAACUCGCAGAACUACUCGGACAGAGUACAUUAUCUCCAUGGAUGCUGAUAACAUCUCAAGAUCAAGCAACUCAUACCUCGGAAAGCUCAGAUCAAACUUUCUCGGGACAAAGUUCUUAGUGUACGACACACAACCACCACAAAACACACCAUCUUCUUCAAGUGCACUCAUCACCGACCAAACAAGCAGAAGCAUGUUCCACUCCAAAAGAGUAUCUCCCAAACUCCCAUCCGGAAGCUACAACAUAGCUCAAAUCACAUACGAGCUCAACGUGCUGGGCACGCGCGGGCCACGGAGAAUGAACUGCGUCAUGAACUCCAUCCCAGCUUCUUCCCUCGAACCAGGCGGCUCUGUCCCAAACCAACCGGAUAAACUCCUCCCAAACCCUCUCGACGAGUCGUUCCGCAGUAACAUCUCGUUCUCCAAGUCAUCACUGGACUACCGUUCAGUAGAUUUCAGCAGCUCUAGAUUCUCGGAGUUGGGAGUAGUAGCACCAUGCGAGGAGGAGCAAGAAGAGACGAGUUUCAGACCGUUGGUGUUGAAGAACAAGCAGCCGAGGUGGCACGAGCAGUUGCAGUGCUGGUGUUUGAAUUUUCGUGGACGUGUGACGGUCGCGUCGGUUAAGAAUUUCCAGCUUGUCGCUGCGAGACAGCCGCCGACACAAGGAGCAGCGGCGGCUGCACCGUCUCAUCCAGAGCAAGAGAAAGUGAUCUUGCAGUUUGGUAAAGUGGGGAAAGAUAUGUUCACGAUGGAUUAUAGGUAUCCGUUGUCAGCGUUUCAAGCGUUUGCGAUUUGCUUAAGCAGCUUUGACACCAAGCUCGCUUGUGAAUAAAGAAGAAACACUCAUGCUAAUCCUUGUUAAUCUAUGCUUUGGCAAAAGAUCAAUGUCUUAAUAGUGAGAGUGAGACAUCAAUUCAACAUUCACUAACUGGCUUAUAACUGAUAUAAUCCGAAUAUUUGA